AUGAAGGCGGAGCUAAAUUUACCGGCGGGAUUCCGAUUCCAUCCAACGGACGAAGAGCUCGUGAAAUUCUACUUGUGCCGGAAAUGUGCGUCGGAGCCGAUCUCAGCUCCGGUAAUCGCCGAAAUCGAUCUCUACAAGUUUAAUCCAUGGGAGCUUCCUGAGAUGUCUUUGUACGGAGAGAAAGAGUGGUACUUCUUCUCACCUAGAGACCGGAAAUACCCAAACGGUUCGCGACCAAACCGAGCUGCAGGAGCCGGUUAUUGGAAAGCGACCGGAGCAGAUAAACCGAUCGGUAAACCGAAGACGUUGGGUAUUAAGAAAGCACUCGUCUUCUACGCUGGUAAAGCACCUAAAGGGAUUAAGACGAAUUGGAUAAUGCAUGAGUAUCGUCUUGCUAAUGUUGAUAGAUCAGCUUCCGUUAACAAAAAGAACAACCUACGACUUGAUGAUUGGGUUUUAUGUCGAAUAUACAACAAGAAAGGAACCAUGGAGAAGUAUUACCUUGCUGAUGAGAAACCGGGAGCCACGACAACGACGGAUCAAUCAUCAUCGCCUUUUGAUACAUCGGAUUCGACUUACCCGACAUUGCAAGAUGAUGAUUCGAGCAGCUCAGGUGGUCACGUGGUGUCGCCGGAUGUUAGAGAGGUUCAAAGCGAGCCUAAAUGGGAAGAUCUUGAGGAUGCUUUGGAAGCUUUUGAUGCUUCGAUGUUUGGUGGUUCAAUGGAGUUGUUGCAGAGUGAAGCUUUUGUUCCUCAGUUCUUGUAUCAGCCUACUGAUUAUUUCACUUCAUUCCAGGAUCCGCCUGAACAGAAACCAUUCUUGAAUUGGGGUUUUGCUCCGCAGGGGUAA